AUGUAUUUAAUCGGCAGCGCCGCUGGGACGUCGCGGGACCGGAACCGUUACGCAGCCGCCCUGUGUUUCUCUCCCGCUCAGGAGCCGCCGCGAUGCUGCUGCUCCGGGCCGUCGUGGGGCGCAGGUAAGAGUCGCCCGCCCCGUCGGGGCUCCCCGGUGCCCGCCGGGGCCCGGUGUNGCUCCUGGGUUGGGGGAGAGCCUGGGGGAAGGGUCCCCGGGAGCAGCAUCCCCCCUAACAAGGCCAAGGUCCCGCAGAGCGCCCAGGCGGCCAAGGCCACCCCGGCCCCCCGGUACCCCGUGUACACACGGGAGGAGGUGAGGCGGCACCGCAGCCCCGGGGACCGCGUGUGGGUGACCCACGGCACCGAGGUCUUUGAUGUCACCGACUUUGUGGAGCUGCACCCAGGGGGGGCUGACAAGGUGCUGCUGGCGGCCGGGGGGGCCCUGGAGCCCUUCUGGGCCCUCUAUGCCGUGCACAGCCAGCCCCACGUGCUGGAGCUGCUGCGGGAGUACAAGGUGGGCGAGCUGAGCCCCGAGGAGGCCCCGCCGAGCCCCGACGCCGCCCAGGACCCCUUCGCCGGUGACCCCCCCCGGCACCCGGGGCUGCGCAUCAACAGCCUGAAGCCGUUCAACGCGGAGCCGCCGGCGGAGCUCCUGGCCGAGCGCUUCCUGACGCCCAACGAGCUCUUCUUCACCCGCAACCACCUGCCCGUGCCCGCCGUGGACCCCGGCUCGUACCGGCUGCGGGUGGAGGGCCCAGGGGGCCGCACGCUGUCGCUGUCGCUGCCGGAGCUGCGGAGCCGCUUCCCGAAGCACGAGGUGACGGCCACGCUGCAGUGCGCCGGGAACCGCCGCGCCGAGAUGAGCCGCGUGCGCCCCGUCAAGGGGCUGCCGUGGGACAUCGGGGCCAUCAGCACCGCGCGCUGGGGCGGCGCCCGCCUGCGGGACGUGCUGCUCCACGCCGGCUUCGGCGAGCGCCGCGACGGCGAGUGGCACGUCUGCUUCGAGGGGCUCGACGAGGACGUGGGGGGGACUCCCUACGGAGCCUCCAUCCCCUACGGACGCGCCGUCAGCCCCGAGGCCGACGUGCUCCUGGCCUACGAGAUGAACGGCGAGGAGCUGCCGCGCGACCACGGCUUCCCCGUGCGCGUGGUGGUGCCCGGCGUGGUGGGCGCCCGCAGCGUCAAGUGGCUGCGGCGCGUGGCCGUGAGCCCGGCCGAGAGCCCCAGCCACUGGCAGCAGAACGACUACAAGGGCUUCUGCCCGUCGGUGGACUGGGACACGGUGGAUUUCCGGACGGCGCCGGCCAUCCAGGAGCUGCCGGUGCAGUCGGCCAUCACGCAGCCGCGGCCGGGCGCGGCGGUGCCGCCGGGCGAGCUGGCGGUCAAGGGCUACGCGUGGAGCGGGGGCGGGCGCCAGGUGGUGCGGGUGGACGUGUCGCUGGACGGCGGGCGCACGUGGCGGGCGGCCGAGCUGGCGGGGGAGCGGCCGGUGCCGGGCCGGGCCUGGGCCUGGGUGCUGUGGGAGCUGCGGGCGCCCGUGGCGGCGGGCGCGGAGCUGGAGAUCGUGUGCAAGGCCGUGGACGCCAGUUACAACGUGCAGCCCGACACCGUGGCGCCCAUCUGGAACCUGCGCGGGGUCCUGAGCAACGCCUGGCACCGCGUCCGCGUCAGCGUCACCCGCUGAGCGC